AAGGAGAGAGAGAAGGACAGAGAGAGAGAGACCUUAAGUAGGUAUGGCACCUGCGCUGCUCCCCGUGUAGUGCAAAUAAAAUCAUUUUACAGAAAGAAAAAAGAAAAAAAUUAGACCCUAUACUGAGCCCAGUCCAAGGCACCGCCACACAGAACCACCAGAGAUGGUCCUGAUGAGAGUGAUGCUGUCCGCGUUGCUCUGCUUUCUGCUGGCGUCCCCCGGCUCCGGCUGUGGACCCGGCAGGGGAUACGGGAAGCGGAGGCACCCGAAGAAGCUGACGCCCCUGGCUCUGAAACAGUUCAUCCCCAACGUGGCCGAGAAAACCCUGGGAGCCAGCGGCAAGUACGAAGGCAAGAUCACCCGCAACUCGGACAGGUUCAAGGACUUGACUCCCAACUACAACCCCGAUAUUAUUUUUAAGGACGAGGAGAAAACGAACGCCGACCGGCUCAUGACACAGAGAUGUAAGGACAAACUGAACUCUUUGGCUAUUUCAGUCAUGAAUCAGUGGCCUGGGGUUAAACUUAGGGUCACUGAGGGCUGGGACGAAGACGGCCAUCAUUCCGAAGAGUCUCUGCACUACGAGGGUCGGGCAGUGGAUAUCACCACCUCAGACCGGGAUAAGAACAAGUAUGGGAUGCUGUCCAGGCUUGCUGUGGAGGCAGGCUUCGACUGGGUCUACUAUGAGUCCAAAGCCCACAUCCACUGCUCUGUGAAGGCAGAAAACUCUGUGGCAGCUAAGUCUGGAGGUUGCUUCCCUGGUUCAUCCAUGGUGAUCCUGGCAGAAGGAAAGACUAAACCCCUGAAGGAGCUCCAGAUGGGAGACAAGGUUCUAGCUGCUGACCAACAAGGAAAUCUCGUUCCCAGUGACUUCCUCAUGUUUAUGGAUCGAGACCGACACAUUUCCCGAGAGUUCCGUGUCCUGGAGACCGAUGAGCCACACGGCAAACUCACACUGACUCCAGCUCACCUUGUCUUUGUUAUUACCAACAAUAGCACCAACAAGAACAGUAUCAGGGCGGUGUUUGCCAGUAAUGUAAGACUAGGACAGUGGCUUCUCAUUGUCAAGAAUGACCAACCAGACCACCUCAUUCCUGCGAGAGUGACAAGAGUUUAUGUUGAGCAGCAUGAAGGCUCUUAUGCACCCGUGACCUCUCACGGGACCAUCGUUGUUGAUCGGGUUUUGGCAUCCUGCUAUGCGGUGGUUGAGGAUCACGAUCUUGCACACUGGGUUUUUGCACCGGUUCGACUGUGGCAUUCGUUCUUGUCCCUGGCUGGGAUGGUGGAAGAGGGCCGCGGUGUGCACCAAGCAGACGGUAUCCACUGGUACCCAGAGUUCCUCUACCAUGUAGGAAGCUGGCUUCUGGAUCGCAGCUCCUUUUACCCCCAAAGCUGAGAUAUGCUUUAAUAGACAUUCACAGUGGAGUAAAAAAUUCAUACUACUACUAAUAAUAAUGCAUUCAUCUUAAAUAGCGCUUUUCUAGACACCCAAAGACGCUUUACAAUUUCAUGCACUAUUCAUUCACACCUCAAUCAUACUUGGUGGUGGUAAGCUACUAAUGUAGCUGCCCUGGGGCAGUCUGACAGAGGCGUGGCUGCCAAUGACCCCACUCAUUCACAAGGCUAGACAGACACUGGGGUGCCGGGGUGGCUGUAGCUCAGUAGGUAGAGCAGGUCACCUACUGAUCAGAAGGUCAGCGGUUCGAUUCCUGGCUACUCCAGGCUACAUGCCAAUGUAU